UGCUAUAGCUCACCUUCAGUUCUCCCGGGACGUUAAUGCCUAGUAAAUGGAGACUGCCUAUCUACAAUUGCGGUCACACUGCAUGCCCCAUAUGCGAAACAAUUUAUUAUUGUGCUUUAAUGUGUUUCGCUCUGUUCUAUUCUAGCGCUGUCAACUUUGCACUGGGACAGUAAAGGCUCAGCUGUCGCACAUUAUUCCAUUGCCCUCGACCCAUGACAAGUAAACAGUGACCAAAGUUAAAGCGCUUUGAAGAGGGCUGACAUGGCACACUGUUCCUUUACACAUGGAGGUUAGCUGAUCACAAAUCACCAAACCGAGGAGACAGAGACUCAGGAGAGGCGAAGGUCAAGAGCCACGCGUCCUCCGAAACACGACCUAACCCAGCCGCACUGCUUCUUGACCAAAUGCCCACUUAACCAGCCACAGUGUCCUCCACAGUGUUGGAGGAAACACUGUACACCUGGCGAUCACGUCAGAAUGCAUGCACCCGACCUGCCACAGGAGUCGCCAGAGUGCGACGGGACAAGGACAUCCCUGCCAGCCAAACCCUCUCCUAACUCCAACGACGCUGGGCCAAUUAUGCACUGCCCCAUGGGUCUCCCAGUCAGCUGUGACAGAGCCUGGACUAAAACCAGAAUUUCUAGUGGCACAGCUAGCAACUGCGAUGCAGUGCCUUAGACCACUGCACCACUCAGGAGACCCAACAUUCAAUAUCAUUUCUCAGUGUGCCUUGCCUUUUCGAGUGAAUUGUUGCAUUACCACCAAUUACUGUAGUUGUUAGUGACAGAGAAACAUUGUUUAAUUCGUUCCUGCUGUAGGAGAAUGUUAUCAUUACAAUUAUACUCUUUAAUUGUAAACUGACAGUGUUAUUGUAACACCUCAAACAACACUAUAAAUGUUGCACUGACAAAUUAACACUAGGUAACACUGGCCAAAAUGCUGUGUGUGUUCCACAGAUUCCCAUCCUAUAUGAGGUCUGUAGAUGACGUUAUUGGGAAGUUAAUGAUUAACUUGGAUGAUGUUACCUCAUCGUUGGGUGUACUCCAGUUGAUCCCUUUGUGUUUGCUUUCCCUCCACAAGCUUAUGUGUAAUUAUUGACCUGAAGGAGACAGCCAGCACAGCCAAUGUUGUUUAUUUGACAUGUAUUGCAUAGAAGUGAGUUAAUUGUUUUAAAUAUAUUGCAAAGCAUUCUUUCUGAAAAAUUUGAGUUCAAAUAAUUUACUCAGUUUGAGACUUCUGGUCAUUUUUUAAAAUUCAUGUUUCAUUACUCCUGGGCUACUACAGCACCAAAAGUUUCAUCUAUAUUUUGGAUAGCAUUAUCCCGACCCUAUUUUGUUAUUCUUCUCCUGGUUAGUGUAUGAAUCUGUUUCAAUGCAGUAGUAAUUGGUCAGUAGUGUUGGAGCCAGCUCUAGUCCCUGUGGUGGUACCCUACCCUACAGUACCCACUACACAGCAUCCUCCCUCUGUCCUCCUCGUGCCCCCUGCUCUCCCCAAUACGGGCUGUUUCCGUGGAAACCUAGCAAUCUGCUCCAGUCAGUCCCACCUGUUUCCUACUUCUUCUCUUCUGUUCCUCAGAGUUUUAGAAAUAAAAACAGUCUCCCACUGGCUAUUUUAGGUAGUUAGGGCUUUUUAUUCUAAAUCUCUGAGGGUUUCUAAAUGCAGGAUGGAGGAGACUAGUUGUGCAGGGUAGGGAAUGUCAAUGUGGUUUACUAUGUUCAGUAAGUAUUCUGCAUUGUCAUGUUGGAUGGAUGAGGAUGCUGAGGUUGGGGCUCCCCUUCUCUCCUCUCUUCCCUCCCUUUCAGUCUAGACAGACAAAAGAGAAUGAGAAGUGAUGUGUGAUGCAAUGAUGGUGUUUGUACCUCUACAGAUCUAACCUGCACACCCCUCCUCUCCCUGCUGGUACCACUCUCCAGCUCAAUACUACACCCCUCCUCUCCCUGCUGGUACCUCUCUCCUGCUCAAUACUACACCCCUCCUCUCCCUGCUGGUACCUCUCUCCUGCUCAAUACUACACCCCUCCUCUCCCUGCUAGUACCUCUCUCCUGCUCAAUACUACACCCAUCCUCUCCCUGCUAGUACCUCUCUCCUGCUCAAUACUACACCCCUCCUCUCCCUGCUGGUACCUCUCUCCUGCUCAAUACUACACCCAUCCUCUCCCUGCUGGUACCUCUCUCCUGCUCAAUACUACACCCCUCCUCUCCCUGCUGGUACCUCUCUCAUGCUCAAUACUACACCCCUCCUCUCCCUGCUGGUACCACUCUCCUGCUCAAUACUACACCCCUCCUCUCCCUGCUGGUACCACUCUCCUGCUCAAUACUACACCCCUCCUCUCCCUGCUGGUACCUCUCUCCUGCUCAAUACUACACCCCUCCUCUCCCUGCUAGUACCUCUCUCCUGCUCAAUACUACACCCCUCCUCUCCCUGCUGGUACCUCUCUCCUGCUCAAUACUACACCCCUCCUCUCCCUGCUGGUACCUCUCUCCUGCUCAAUACUACACCCAUCCUCUCCCUGCUGGUACCUCUCUCCUGCUCAAUACUACACCCAUCUUCUCCCUGCUGGUACCUCUCUCCUGCUCAAUACUACACCCCUCCUCUCCCUGCUGGUACCUCUCUCCUGAUCAAUACUACACCCCUCCUCUCCCUGCUGGUACCUCUCUCCUGCUCAAUACUACACCCAUCCUCUCCCUGCUGGUACCUCUCUCCUGCUCAAUACUACACCCCUCCUCUCCCUGCUAGUACCUCUCUCCUCUCCCCACCCCUCCGCUACUCCUCUCCUCCCCUCUUCACCCCUCCCCUCCUCUCCCCUCACAGCCUCGUCCUUGUUGUCCGCACGAGAGAACGAUAGAGAAUGAGGGAGGGAGGGGGAGAGAGAGAGUGAGAAAGGGAGGAAGAAAAAGGGAGCUAGGGAGGGCGGGCUCGGGCGCCAUUAGACAUAUGCAGCGGUCAGUGUGUGUUGCGCUCAACAGCAGCAACACAGAGAGGAUAGGAUCACGUCUCAUAUUGCUCUCAAGUACUGCACUGUCUGCCUGAAGGACUCCACUGACAUAGCCAUGCUAUGGGGAUGUCAUAAGGCAUGGUAAUGAUGAUACAGGGAUGCUAAUAUCCUUGGUCCAGUGAGGCUACACUAGCUGCUAGCUAAGACACCAUGGCUCUCCUAAGGUCCGUUACAGUAGCGCUAGCUCCUUUCCUCCAUUGACAUCCUCUCUUCUCCUCUUCCACCACCACCACUUCCUCUCUCCACUCAUCUACCCAUCCACCCAUCCACCCUCAGCAGCACCCCUCCCCCCAUCCAUCCACCCCUACAACCUCAGCACCACCCCUUCCCCCAUCCAUCCACCCCUACAACCUCAGCACCACCCCUCCCCCCAACCAUCCACCCCUCCACCCUCAGCACCACCCCACCCCCCAUCCAUCCACCCAUCCUCUCCACUCCUCACUGACCUCGUUGCUGCCCAUCGUUGUGGCAUCAUGGCGGGGGAGAAGGGACCAACCAGGCGGAGUGCCAUGGACAUCAAGCGCCUAGCAGGGCUGAUCCAGAGGGGGGCGGGUCGUCUACUGGUGAUUGACAGCCGGACGUUCUCGGAGUACAACGCAUCCCAUGUACAAGGGGCGGUCAACGUGUGCUGCUCCAAGCUGGUGAAGAGGCGACUGCAGCAGGACAAGGUGUCCGUCACCGAGCUACUACAGCCCAACGGCAAGGUCAAGGUUGAGAUGGGGAGGAAACAGGAAGUGGUGGUGUAUGACCAGAGUUCCAAAGAGGCGGGGCAACUGUCCAAAGACGGCUUUGUCCACAUCCUGCUGGGCAAGCUGGAGGGCACCUUCCAUCGAGUCUCCCUGCUCACAGGGGGAUUUGCUGCAUUCUCCUCCUGUUUCCCCGGGCUUUGUGAGAGCAAGCCAGCUCUGCCUAUGAGCAUAUCCCAGCCCUGCCUGCCUGUAGCUAACGUAGGCCCCACACGCAUCCUACCACACCUCUACCUGGGAUCACAGAAAGACGUCCUCAACAAGGACCUGAUGGUUCAGAAUGGCAUCACGUACGUGCUGAAUGCCAGUAACACCUGUCCCAAGCCUGACUUCAUCAGAGAGAGCCACUUCAUGCGGAUCCCUGUCAAUGACAACUACUGUGAGAAGCUACUGCCCUGGUUGGAGAAAACCAAUGAAUUCAUCGACAAAGCCAAGGUGUCAAACUGCAGAGUCAUUGUGCACUGCCUGGCUGGAAUCUCACGCUCGGCAACCAUCGCCAUUGCAUACAUCAUGAAGACAAUGGGCCUGUCAUCGGAUGAUGCCUACAGGUUUGUGAAGGACCGACGGCCUUCAAUAUCGCCCAACUUCAACUUCCUGGGGCAGCUCCUGGAGUUUGAGAAGGGGCUGCGGCUCCUCCAGGCGCUGUCAGACGACAAGACCUCAGAGGGCAAAGGUCAAUCCCAGGGCUCAGAUGUCAACGGGUUCAGCUCAGGGUCAGAAGUCAAUGGUCACCAUGACUCUUCAUCAAUAGAGCCCCAGACCCCACCAGAACCGAAGCUCCCCUCGCCGACUUCUCUCCAGCAGGGCUUCAACGGCCUCCACCUGUCGGCCGAGCGCAUCCUGGACACUAACCGGCUGAAGCGAUCCUUCUCCCUGGACAUCAAGUCUGUCUACUCCCCCAGCAGCCCCCACUGCCUGCGCCUGGCAGCGCCCACACACUCCGAAGACGUGCCCAAGCUAUGUAAGCUGGACAGUCCCCCUGUCAAUGGUGUCUGCCCUCAGUUCUCCCCUGUCCCAGACAGCCCCAGCUCGGCUGAGUCGCCCUUCCCUUCCCCGGGGUGCGGCGGCAGCCUCGGAGGUCUCGACGUUGGGGGUCCCAGUGAGGGGGGCGUUCGUUCUGGAGGUCCAUCAUCGUCCAGGCCCAGGAGGAAAGCCAAGCACAGCCCUGGAUCUGGAUCCACAACCAGUUCCCCGGUACACCCCCAGACCCUGAGUCUGACUCUGGGACGCUCCCUACCCGUUCACAAGAGCCCCAGCCUGGACGAGAGCCUGAAGGGCUCCAUGCUUCUCUCUCUGCACCACAAAGAGUCCGGAACCAUGUGGACCAAACACAGAGACACAGUCCAGGCCACCACCCCAGUCACACCUGUCACCCCCACUGCCGAUGCCCCCUGGUACUUCGGGGCUGAAGAGGUAGGGGAAGGAGGGAUGGAACAUGGAGGAGAUGGAGGAGGAGGGGUGGAAGUGCGAUUCGGAAGCAGCUCUGCAUACGUGGCGUUCGGUUGUAGCGAGGGGGUGCGGCUACGGGAGAAAGUGCAGCGGGACAAAAGGGCAUCGUUGUCAUCAGCGCCAUUACAGAGGGACUCCUCAACGACCGUCGCCAAAGGGACGGCCUCCAACAGCACCGAGAAGCAGUUCAAGCGGCGCAGCUGUCAGAUGGAGUUUGAGGAGGGCAUCUCAGAUACGCGUUCCCGGGAAGAGUUGGAGAAGAUGGGGAAGCAGUCCAGCUUCUCUGGCAGCAUGGAGAUAAUCGAGGUGUCCUGACUAACUGCACUCCUGACCACAACCGGCCCACCCAGGGAGGAGGAGAAACGGACCUGAAGGAGGAGGGUGGACAGAGGGGGGAAAUUUACUCUCCCCAAACAGGCCGUGUUAAAGACUCGAACUCUGAGAAGACAGAAACACCAGAGAGAUUCCGGGAGUCCCUUAUCUAGCUAGUGUUCCUGGACUUGACAUGGGGUUCAGCAGGCUGUUGAUUUCUUAGGUUACAAUUACAGUUCUACCAACCAAAGCUCUGAAGAGAACAACUACGGGAAAAGACGGAGACUAUAGGGCACUGACACUGAACUAUGAACUGUGAACUAUUUCCUCUGUAUGGUGUCAGUUCAAGAAGAACAGAUCCAUGGGCAACUCAAAAAUCCCUACCACCCAUAUAGUGCACUACUUUUGACCAAAAGUCGCCAAAAGAAUAGUGCUAUUUUCAUAAUUGGGUGUCAUUUGAGACAUAGCCAAGUGCUUUCCUCCCAAAGACUUCAAUCCCCAGCAUGCCUCAGUCUGCCCCUCCCUUCAUUUCAAAGACUUCAGCCCCAGAGAACCACAACCCCCAGCAUGGCUCAGUCUGCCCCUUCCUUCAUUACAAAGACUUAGAAAGAGCUCUGUACCCCAGAAAUGCACCACAGCACAAUGCAGAGAGAGACUAUUCACGCUGUCCUAAGAGACUAUACCGGUGGUACUGCAUCAAAACAAUAACGAAUCCUCCAUGUUGGCGAGUCAGCCCAAUAUGGUUUACAAAGACUUUACAGUUUAAGAGGACUCAUAGUGACUGAUAAAGCCUGGCAUUGUAUUUUCCCGCAAUACUCGUCUGCUUCCUUGUUUCCAGUGUUUAACAGUGUGACGUGACUGUUGGGGCGGUGGGGAGGAGAGGAGUUAGGUCUAAGUUACGCCCUCCCGGUAGUGGAGUUCAGUACUCGCAUGUCUCACUCCACACCCCCCAAGUAUACCCCACCCCAGCCUCUCAGAGCAUGCUCCAGGGUGGCUGGCGACAGACAGACAAAUACUAUAUACUAUAUGAAUAUAUAUAUAUAUAUAUAGCGAUUUUAAUGGACUUUUAAUCAACAACAAAAAAUCUCAGUUCUGGUUGUAAUUUAUUUGAUCGGUUCAUUCUGGUAAUGAGAAAUAAUAGAAUGUUUUGUGGACUUUUUCCUUUUCCUUUGUUAAUCUCAGUUUUUGUUUAUGGUAUUUAUGAAACACAUACAACCACACACUCAUGCACACACAAACACAUGCACACACACACACACUCAUGCACACAAAACUACAAGCAAGCAAUAUGUGCUGUUCCUUGUUUGGAGGAAGAGUGAUGUAUUGUGGGUUUCAUCUGACGUUGAAAUGCACUUUUCUGUUACUCUUCAAAAACAAGUAUCCCAUCCACAUCCUAAGAGGGUACCAACACCCUCUAACCCAGGGGUGGGAAAACUACAGCUCAUUCAAUCCGGCCCAUGGGAGGUUUCAGUAAAAACAACUAACAAAAUGGUUGGUUAAAUUAUUAUUUGGGGUUUAAAAACGACUCCAGGCCACACUUAAAUGUCUACAACUAGAUAGAAUGUUUGUAGAAAUUAUAAUACACCUGUACAUUCUCAAAUAACUGCCCUUUUUCUGGCCCCGAAAUAGAUUUGACAAACAAAUCGGUUCCCAAAUCUUCUGUGCUACCCUCAGUUGAAUUUCUAAAUCCUGAUGUGGUCUUCGAGCCAAAAUGUUUGCUCACCCCUGCUCUUACCUCUGGUGACAUCACCAGAUGUGUGGUAUGGUGAAGAACAGUCCCUAUGAGCAUGAAAACUUUGAAUUUACAUUGAAAAGAAGUUGAAAAUACAUAUUUGUGGUUGAAAAUACAUUGAAAAUAGGUAUUUUUUGUCGAAUAUACAUACAAAAAAACAAGUGUUUUCAUCAUCUUAUGUUCACCGAGAUGACUCUUCAGUUGAGUGUAAUUAAGAUGUUAUUUAUUGUGAUUGGGGGCUCCUACAGUUAGUGUAUCUCCUGGGAGACGGUUAAUGUGUGUGAGCGAGAAUGAAGAACUUUAUUCAACCCAGUACUAAAGAGCAGAAUUAUUGUAGGAAGGACUGUUGAUUUCUCCAGGGCUCAUGACAACAACUACCGGUAUAUGCAAGUAGAUCCACACAGUUGACAAUGUUAGAGACAUCCACCUAACACACUGCUCAACUCACUCUUUUGGCUAGUUUCCAAAUAUACACACACACAUACAGAACUAAACUGUGUUGGGAUAUGAGAGAAGCCCAUAGCUGAAACAAAUCCCCUCCACACACACACACACACACACAGACAUAAACACACAGACACAUAUAGUCACACACAAAGAUAUACCACCACCUUUCGUUUGUUCUCAGGGGAUCUUUCAGUGAGCCAAGCCUGGCGCAGGGUACACAAUUGCUUGCACAUCAGCACAAUGCAUUUCACUCCCUCACUAUCUCUAUCAGUCUGUCGCUCUCACUCUCUUAUUUUCCAAAGGUUUGAUAAAAACAAAACGGAAGGGAUGAAACUAGAACGUGAUUCAGAAGUGAAUAAAUUAAUGCUAUUGCUCUGCUGGUGCGAGAUUGUCUAUUUAUUUAUGAUGUACCUAUAUGUGUUUUUUUUUUUUUCUUUGGUUAGCUUUUCUCUAUUGUGACCUUUGACCUAUACCUUUGUGCUGCUGUAAGGUCAGACCUGGAUUUCCUGUGUUCAGUUCUCUGAGGCUUUCCUUCUAGUCUCUUUAUUUUUAAAAGAUGUUAUAAUUAUUUUAAAACAUGUUAAGAGAAGAUGCAGGCUGUCCCGAUUGCUAUAAUUGUUGGUUUUGAUGUAUUAUUAUUAUUAUUAUUAUUGAUGUUAUGUUGUGUAAAUAGCAAGGUAUCUAAGAAUAUUGAUGAAUUUAGGUACAUUUUUUAAAUAAAAUCCUGAUACCUUAGGCUGCUUGACGCAAAAUACCUCAGGUUUUUCCUUCCUUGUACAUGUUUUGUGAAAAUGAGACAAAAAUAACAAAAUA